AUGGGCGGGGCCUCGUAUAGCCGGCCCGCCCCGGAAGUGGGCGGGACAUCGAACCCCACGGCGGACUAGCAACCUCCCAGUCGGGUUGCGGCCGAGGCCGGUCCUGGCUUUGUAGCUCGCUCAAGAUGGCGGCGCAGCCACCCAGCGGGAUCCGCCUCAGCGCGCUUUGCCCGAAGUUUUUACAUACAAAUUCCACUAGUCAUACUUGGCCAUUCAGUGCAGUUGCUGAAUUAAUAGAUAAUGCUUAUGACCCUGAUGUGAAUGCGAAACAGAUCUGGAUUGAUAAAACAGUCAUUAGUGACACUGUGUGCUUGACGUUCACUGAUAAUGGGAAUGGGAUGACAGCAGAUAAGUUACAUAAGAUGCUGAGUUUUGGCUUCAGUGACAAAGUCACCAUGAAUGGUCAUGUCCCGGUUGGGUUGUAUGGCAACGGCUUCAAGUCAGGUUCUAUGCGACUGGGCAAAGAUGCAAUAGUUUUUACCAAAAAUGGAGAAACCAUGAGCGUGGGCUUCUUGUCUCAGACCUACCUGGAAGCCAUAAAGGCGGAACACGUUGUGGUCCCAAUUGUGACGUUCAACAAGCACCGACAGAUGAUUAAUUUAGCAGAAUCAAAAGCAAGCCUAGCAGCAAUUCUGAAGCAUUCUCUGUUCUCUACGGAACAGAAAUUGCUGGCCGAGCUCGAUGCUAUUAUGGGGAAGAAGGGGACGAGAAUCAUCAUCUGGAAACUGAGGAGUUACAAAAAUGCAACAGAAUUUGAUUUUGAGAAGGAUAAAUAUGACAUCAGAAUUCCAGAGGAUUUAGAUGAUACUGCAGGGAAGAAAGGGUACAAGAAACAAGAGAGAAUGGACCAAAUUGCCCCUGAGAGCGACUAUUCCUUAAGGGCUUACUGCAGUAUUUUAUACCUUAAGCCAAGAAUGCAGAUCAUCCUGCGUGGACAGAAGGUGAAGACACAGCUCGUUUCAAAGAGCCUUGCCUACAUUGAACGUGAUGUUUAUCGACCUAAAUUUUUAACUAGAACCGUGAGAAUUACUUUUGGAUUCAACUGCAGAAAUAAAGAUCACUAUGGAAUAAUGAUGUAUCACAGAAACAGACUCAUCAAGGCUUACGAAAAAGUGGGGUGUCAGUUAAAGGCAAAUAACACGGGUGUUGGAGUGGUUGGAAUUAUAGAAUGUAACUUCCUUAAGCCAACUCACAAUAAGCAAGAUUUCGACUACACUAAUGAAUACAGGCUUACAAUACUGGCACUAGGAGAGAAGCUGAAUGAUUAUUGGAAUGAAAUGAAAGUGAAAAAAAAUGCAGAAUACCCUCUAAAUUUGCCUGUUGAAGACAUACAGAAGCGUCCUGACCAGACAUGGGUUCAGUGUGAUGCUUGUCUAAAAUGGCGAAAGUUACCAGAUGGCAUCGAUCAACUUCCAGAAAAAUGGUACUGCUCCAAUAACCCUGACCCACAGUUCAGAAAUUGUGAAGUUCCAGAAGAGCCUGAAGAUGAGGAUUUGGUACAUCCUACUUAUGAAAAAACCUACAAAAAGAUCAGCAAGGAGAAGUACAGGAUCAGACAGCUGGAAAUGAUUCCUCGGAUUAAUCAUGAGGUGUUAUAUCAGACCAGUAUUUCACGUCAGAGCUUUUCUCCUGCGAAGGAGAGUGCUCCGAGGCCACGUCUUCCAGAACUCAGGAGUCCCUUUGUAACACGGCCUAUAAAUAACCACCUUGCCCCACCACAGUCUGAGCCUGAGAGCAACAGCCUGAAGCGAAAGCUUAGUACUCAUUCAACAAUUCUGAAUUCAAAGACUCAGAAAUUAAGUAAUCCUUCAUUUGAAAAUUCAUCGUACAGAAAUGAUGAUGAUGACGAUGAAGAUGUCAUCAUUUUAGAAGAAAAUAGUACACCCAAACCCGCAGUAGAUCUUGAUAUUGAAGUUAAGUCAGAGCAGAGCCACAGGGAGCAGAGCGGUAUUGAGGUUGAGCUCCUGGACAGCCCUGAACCUUGUGUCCAGGCCCGGUCAACAAGCACGUGUACCUCCAGGUGUGACCAGGCCACUGCUGUCUCCACUCAGACUGAAGCACCAGGCCUAAUUGUUAAAAAGGAAGAGAUUGUUGAAGAUGAGAUGGGUGCAGUGAAUGAUAGAGCCACACUGUCCUGUGCAAACGCUGAGGCAAAGGUGCAGGAGACCUUGGGUAAGGCAGAAGAUGCUGGCCGUCAGUUACAGGAACUGAGAAGUGAGCUGCUUUUGGUCACUCAAGAAAGAGAUGAAUACAAGAGACAGUGUGACGUGUUUACUGAUGAGAUAAAAGUGUUAGAGCAAAGGAUAGUGGAGAUGAAUGACAAGUACAUGAAAAAGGAGACUUGCCACCAGUCGACUGAAACCGAUGCCGUGUUUGUACUCGAAAGUGUUAAUGGUAAAUCUGAAAGCCCAGACCAUGUGGCAUGUCAGUAUCAGCAAGCUCUGGAAGAAAUAGAAAGGCUGAAGAAACAGUGCAGCACUCUGCAGCACGUGAAGGCUGAAUGCAGCCAGUGUUCUGGGACUGAGAACAAGAGCGAAGUGGAUGACAUGGCCGUGCAGCUCGAUGAUGUGUUUAGACAGCUGGACAGGUGCGCGGUGGAGCGGGACCAGUACAAGAGUGAGGUUCAGUUAUUGGAAAUGGAGAAAUCGCAUGUUCAUUCGCAGUGUGAAGAACUCAAAACUGAAAUCGAGCAGUUGAAGUCUACAAGUCAGCAGGCAGGAGCAGAUGUGUCCACGUCAAGCAGUGCUGUGGAGCCCGUCAGCUACGUGGAUGAGGAGAGCCUCAAGCUCCGCUCUCUUCGAGUCAACGUAGGACAGCUGCUGGCUAUGAUUGUGCCGGACCUGGAUCUUCAGCAAGUCAAUUACGACGUUGACGUAGUAGAUGAGAUUCUAGGACAAGUGGUGGAACAAAUGAGUGAGAUCAGCAGUUCUUAGAGUCUGGC